CAGAGAUCUGCCUCCCAGGUACUGGGAUUAAAGGUGUGUGCCACCAUUGCCUGGCGUAUGUUUAUUUUUUUAAUGGUGGUACUACACAUAAAAGGUAUGUGCCAUUUUGUUUAUUUGUUUGCAGCCAAGCCCAUCCACAUGGUUCUGUAAAUCCUGUUUGGAACCAAUCUCACAAAAUGAAGCUACCCCUAAGCCACCUCCCACUUCCCUUCCAGCCCCGGCAGCCUCCCUUCUCCUUCUGGGGCAUGAUCAGUCUUUAUAACCCUGCUGUGUUUCCAGGGUUGUUCUGCUGAUGGUUUUUUGGUUUCGUUUUGAGCCCUGUCUGGAAUUUUCCUUUGGCCUUACAUGUCCCUCCCAAAGGUCUUGGGAGAAUCUGACCUUCGCAAUGGCUCCAUUUGCCCCACCUCUGGUUUGCUUUAUCUGCUACCAUAGUUGCCUGCCACUCGUAGGGACUUCAACUUCCCCUAGAUAUGUGACCUUGGCAGAGCCACUUAGCUUCUCUGUGUCUCGGUUUCUCCUUCUAGGAGAACAGUAAUAGUACUUGAGCUUGUAGAAUUUAGGAAUAAUUAGCUAAUAUUUAUGGAGUGCUCUUGACAGUGACCAGCCUGAUGCACAUAUAGUCACAUGCUCCAAGACAACGUUUCCAUCCAUGACAGGCCAGGUGUACAGUAGAGGUCCUAGAAGAUUACACCAGAGCUACAAAAUUCAUACCACGUAGAGGUCUCAUAGCCGUCACAGCCCAGUAACACAACGUAUGCAUCGCUCCCAGAUUCUUGGUCACAUUAAUGUACUACGGUGCUGUGGCUCUAUUCAAGUAUAGCAUGGACAACUGUGUACACAAAGUAGGUAGUAUCCUGUACCAUCUAGGUUUGCGUAGACACACUACGCGAUGCUCACACCAUCUGAUGGCAGAUUUCUCUGGAACUGGAACUACAAUGUGAGCUCAAGGCCAGUGUGGACCUCUUAGUGGGACCCUAUCUCACUAAGGAAAAGCACCAAAAGUCUGGGGAUGCAGCUCUUGGCAUGUGCCUAACAUGUAUGAAGCCACAGCAUCUCAGUCACCAACACCCCCCAAAAUGGCAAAAACAACUCCUUCCCUCCCUAAGUGGCAUCUGCCUGUCUGUCUGUCUGUGUGUAAUAAUAUUAUUAUUAUUACCCAGAAGAAACCAUUCCCCACCUUACCACUCAAACCCUCGAAGCCGUCCAAUCCCCUGUUCCUAGGACUCUAUCAGCCUAAUGUGUGAUCAGACACUCCCACCCUCACCUCAACCCACCCCUGCCUCAUCCCACCCCACCCCAUUCACCCCACUUCUCCUUUCUCCCUCUUUUCUCUCCUUUCUUUCUCUGCCUUUGCCUUCUGGCAGAAUCUCAAAGCCCAAUAGCCUCAUGCAGGACGUCCCUUGAUCCAGGCUGAUAACAUCUGCUCUAGAUCGCUGGACACAGCGGCCACUCCUUAGCAUUGUGGGAAGGACAGGAUGUCCCAGUGCCCCGGGGCACAGGUUGAGCCACCGAGUCUUCCUCUACCUGAAAUCUGGAGGGCACAGUUGUCUGGGAGCUGCCUUGCAUGUGGCUUCCUGAGCUCAGAUAAUGAGCCCUCGAAACCCUGGGGCUUCCUUCAGGUAGGCCCUCUCUGGGAUUUACUUGGAAAGCAAUGAGGCCUGCUUUCACCCUGCCUAUCCCCCAGGUUCUAAGACAGAACUGAGGGAAGCAAGGUUGGCGAACACAAUGUCACCUAGGAAGGCCUUUAUCCAAAGUUCACUGCCUGUGGCUAAGCCUGUCCAGAAGGCUAGUGAGACCAAGGUCCUGCCAAGAUAGGACAGGAAGGCACUGGCAAGCCCAGGAGAGAGCCUAGGAUUUGGGAAUAGGUUAUAGCCACUAUUCCCUGACUUCCUGGGCUACAGGAGACUACUGUAGGCUGCCCUUUUGCAAUCUCUGAGCCUUGUGUGAGCCCCGCAUUGGCUGAAUUAGGCCUAGGCUUCUGCUGGAAACUAAACAAGACCUUAAGGUAUGUAGAUAUACACAGGGCAUUAGCAAGAGAUAGCUAUGUGACUGUCUUCUAACUUUGGAUACUAUUUUCCCAGAGAUGACUCCAACAGAAGCCAGGUUGAAUUCAUAGCUCCCCUUGGGAGACCUCAUUCUGCCCCAUGUACAAGUAAUAGAAAUUCCAUGUAUACAUCCCCCACUUACACCCACAGAGCAUGUAAGCGCACGCACGCUUGCACACAUUCAUGCAUGCACACACACUUCCCUGCAUGCGAGCUCCCAUUGCUUUCCUAACCCUACACAAGGAACAUGCCACGUGGGAGAACCCUGUUACACCCUGCUUAUCUGCUGCUUCCUGGCUUCCUCUGCCUGAAUUCUUGAGGCCCUGAAGGUUUGGGAGCUGGUCUGUGCAUACUGUUUCCUGAUCUCAGAUAAUUAGAGGAAAUGAGCUCACUGGCCCAGAGGAGACUGCGGAUUUCAGUCCGGAGCCCCAGGCUUCACUCCCGGACCUGUAGUAUAUAUCUCUUCCUAACCUUCCAGGCAGGCAGCCGUCAGCUGUGCCCCUGAGGCCCACAGACCCCACAGAUCUCACAGAUCCCACUUGAGAUGUCUUCUUUUACUUGCUGGAGCCUGUCUCUAACCCUUCUUGUCCUGCUCUGCAGCCCAGGAGAGAAGGCCUUUGAGGUCUACUUAUGGUCCGAGAAGCAGAUAGUAGAAGCCACUGAGUCGUGGAAGAUCAACUGUAGCACCAGCUGUGCCGCCCCAGACAAGGGUGGUCUGGAGACCUCCAUGGAUAAAGUCAUGUUGGAAGAACACCCUCAAGGGAGGUGGAUACAAUUCUUGGUCUCAAACGUCUCCAGCGAUACGGUCUUCCUUUGCCAUUUCAUGUGUUCGGGAAAGCAGGGCUCGGAUAGUCUUAACAUCAGGGUGUACCAGCCUCCAGCUCAAGUCACACUGAAGCUGAAGCCCCCUCGGGUGUUGGUGGGCGACGUCUUCACCAUUGAGUGCAAGGUGUCCCCUGUGAAGCCCCUUGAGAGCCUCACGCUCUCUCUGCUCCGCGGCAGAGAGACCCUGAAGAACCAGACCUUUGGGGGAGCUGAGACUGUCCCCCAAGAGGCCACAGCCAUAUUCAACAGCACAGCUCUGAAAAAGGAUGGUCUCAACUUCUCCUGCCAGGCUGAGCUGGAUCUACGGCCCCAUGGUGGGUACGUCAUCCGCAGCAUCUCCGAGUCCCAGGUUCUUGAAGUCUAUGAACCGAUGCAGGACAACCAGAUGGUCAUCAUCAUCGUAGCGGUGUCACUACUGCUGUUCUUAUUUGUGACAUCCGUCCUGCUAUGCUUCAUCCUUGGCCAGCACUGGCACAGGAGGCGGACGGGCACCUACGGGGUGCUAGCUGCCUGGAGGAGGCUGCCCCGAGCCUUCCGGGCACGUCCCGCGUGAGCUGAUGUGGCCAGGCCCCUGGCUGUGACUGGAACUCAACAUGGUGCCUUCAAGGUGUGGUUCAGCACUGGCUGAAGGACUGUGGUGGCAGCAGAAGGCUCUGGGGACAUUUCCUUCUUUAGCCUCAAUACAAAUAACUAGAUUUCACCGUGUGCCCGCCAUGACUGCUCCUGGGAUAACAAUCAACACUAUUCCAGGGAAGGUACUAAAUGUCAUCUGUUUCCAA